UUUUGCUCUCAGCAAGUGAUUUUUUGUACGACGAUUUCACGGUUGUGUAAGCCGGAAAGAAAUCAAAUCAAAAAGUGCUAGCUCAACCAUUCUCUACAUCGAUUACCCACCAUCGGAACUAUUGAGUAUAAUUGAAAUCCCGGUUAAUCAAUGCGAUACCUUCCCGUUCCUUCAUCUAACUAAAAAGUUGCAUAUGAGUCGCACUCAACUCUCGUUCUUGAACAUUUUAUGAUGAACAACAUCAGGCAACUGAAAGAAUCACAACGAGAGGCUCAUCCAGGAUUUAGUAGCUAUUUAGAGUGCAUGACACGGUCAUUGUUCACCGGACUAUCGGCGUUUGUUUUGGCUUUCUCUGGUACAUACUUCGGACAGAAAUUGGUGGCCCAAAGACUGCCGUAUACCCAAAAAACAUAUAUUCUUGUAUCGUCUGCGGUUGCGGCUGCUGCAUCAUAUAAAAUUACGAGUGAUCGAACGAACGCUUGCCAGGCGGCUUGGAUGGCAGCAGAGGAUAAACAUACAGCAUUAAAGGACACAAAAAUCGAAUAAGGACACAACUGAACCAGACGCUGCACUAUGAGGAUGUUACGCAGCAUAUGCCAGCUGGCUUUUCAUCAGCAGACCUUCCAAACUUUGCUCAAAGUUCGUCCGAUCUUUCAACCACUCUUUGUGCGAUGCAAGUACGUUCAAAAUAGUGGAGUGAAAGGUAUGAAGGGUCGAAAGUUUGAAAUUAAUAAAGAACCGGAGGAAGCGAAAUACGACGAAAGCGCUUCGAACGACGACGACGACUUAUUCGACGACAGCGAAUACAAUUACAUCGCCAAUUCGACCAUGAACACCACGAAAAAUAUUUUAAAUAUUCAAAAUGUGGUCGUGCUGCAACCGUUCAUCAAAUGGGGACCCAGAAAGGCAACAACGAAGCCAGAGUUAGCGUUACAAGAGGCAGAGGCACUAAUACGUUCGAUUCCGACGUGGACAGUUGAGCACAGCGAGAAAGUGCCAUUGGAGUCGUUGGACAAGCAAUAUUUGUUCGGAAAGGGAAAACUGAAAGAGUUGAAGAAUUUGAUUCAAGGCCUCAGGAGUAACGGACAACCAGUCACAUGUGUCUUUGUCAGCAAGAGUACGUUGACGUACCGGCAAAAACAGAAUCUGCAAGCAACCUUUGGGGUUCCAGUCAUCGAUCGAUAUUCCAUUGUCAUUCAGAUAAUGCGUCUGCAUGCUACUAGCAUGGAAGCUAAGCUACAAGUGGCAAUGGCUGAACUUCCGUAUAUUUGGUCACAAGUAAAGGAUGUCGACGAUCAGAUCACCAAAAAUGUUCGCUUUUCCUUGUCGGAUGUUCAGAAGCAAAUGCUGAAAGACCGCGAAAAGAAACUAAAAAACGAGCUCGAGCGAGUGCGACGUCAUAGGGGACGACUACGGAAGAAUCGACAAAAUUUUCCGAUUGUUGCCGUUGUUGGCUAUACGAAUGCUGGUAAAACGUCGCUCAUUAAAGCUCUUACCGAUGAACAACGCCUGGAGCCUAAAGACCAGCUGUUCGCUACAUUGGAUGUAACUGCACACGCUGGCCUGUUACCAUCGAAUUUGAAGGUGAUUUACAUGGACACCGUCGGUUUCAUGUCAGAAAUUCCGACCGGAUUGAUCGAGUGUUUCGUUGCCACGCUGGAAGAUGCUAUGUUGGCCGACAUAAUAAUCCACGUCCAUGACGUGUCGCAUGAAAAUUAUGUCGAGCAAAGGAAGCAUGUUGAACUGACUCUGCAGUCACUGUUGGAGAAUUCGAGCAACGAAGAUCGCGAACGACUAUUCAGCAACAUCAUCAACGUCGGCAACAAGUGUGACCUGAUCGAAACGGAUGAUUUCGAUCAGUGGACCGAGGUGGAGAAAUUACAAUUAAUUUCAUCGAAAACUCUGACGGGCAUCAACGGUUUGAUGGAAGAAGUGGAACAGAAAAUUUUACUCGCCACCAAUCGUAAGAGAAUUACUAUGCGCGUUGCCAUGGGUGGUGAAGAAUCAGUUUGGCUGUAUAAGAACACAGCCGUUACCGAAGUCGUCGGAGAUCCAAACAAUGAGCAAAAGUGCUUAAUGACUGUCAUUAUAACGGAGGCGAAAUUGCAACAGUUUCGUCACAUUUUCGUGGUGGGGAAAUGAUUCGAAAUGGAGACUUGUGUAGAACUCUGUUGUGUGUAAAUACAGUUUCAAUUCAAUGAUUAAAAUCCAAUUAGAAGAAAA